GGAUCCGGGAGGCGCGGGCCGCGGCCGCGGGGAUCGCCGGGCCCGAGAGCGGCGCGGAGCGAGGAACGUGGAUCGCCGGGCGGAGCGCGGGGCUCGGGCUCCCGGGCCGGGUCGGCGGCCGCAGCGUCGCCGGCGGAGCAGCAGUUAAGACAAAGGCGGCGCCGCCCGGACCCGCGUCCCCGGGGCUCCGUGCGGCAGAGCCUCCGGGGUCCUAUGUGCCUUCCUCUCUCGUAGGACAUCCUCCAGGCUUGGUGGCCGCCGUGGGACAGUUUCUAAUCACUCACUCCAGACCUGCGUGGCUUUGCCCUGAGCUCUGAGCUGGAUCUGGAUGUUCGGAGAGGAAUUCCUGCAGCUCUGACCUUCCAAGGCAUCAGACGAGAAGGUCACCGUGCUCCAGAGUGCUGCGCUUUGCCGUCCCUCUCCUAACUCUGUGCCAAAGCAGGAGGACUCCAUGAAAGAUGACAGAGGAAGUCAUCGUCAUAGCCAAGUGGGACUACACGGCCCAGCAGGACCAGGAGCUGGACAUCAAGAAGAACGAGCGCCUGUGGCUGCUGGACGACUCUAAGACCUGGUGGCGGGUGCGGAACGCGGCCAACAGGACGGGCUAUGUGCCGUCCAACUACGUGGAGCGCAAGAACAGCCUGAAGAAGGGCUCACUGGUGAAGAAUCUCAAGGACACGCUGGGCCUCGGCAGGACUCGCAGGAAGCCCAGCGCGCGGGAUGCGUCCCCAACCCCCAGCACGGAGGCUGAGUUCCCGGCCAAUGGUGCAGCCGACCGCAUCUAUGACCUCAGCAUCCCGGCCUUUGUCAAGUUUGCCUACGUGGCCGAGCGUGAGGACGAGCUGUCCCUGGUGAAGGGCUCCCGUGUGACCGUCAUGGAGAAGUGCAGUGAUGGCUGGUGGCGGGGCAGCUUCAAUGGGCAGGUGGGCUGGUUCCCGUCCAACUACGUGCUGGAGGAGGUGGACGCCAUGGCCGCCGAGCCCCCUGGGAUGCCCGGGCCACGCAGGGCCCCUGGCCUGAGCCUGGCACGGGGCACCCUGCACGUGGUGCAGACGCUGUACCCAUUCAGCUCAGCCACAGAGGAGGAGCUCAACUUUGACAAGGGCGAGACCAUGGAGGUCAUCGAGAAGCCCGAGAAUGACCCUGAGUGGUGGAAGUGCAAAAACUCGCGGGGCCAGGUGGGCCUGGUGCCCAAGAACUAUGUGGUGGUGCUGAGCGACGGGCCGGCCCCACAUCCCGCCCCUGCCCUGCAGCCCGGCUUCAUGGGUCCCUCGGCCAGCGGGCGCUUCGCGGGCCGCGAGUGGUACUAUGGCAGCGUGACACGCCACCAGGCUGAGUGCGCGCUCAACGAGCGGGGUGUGGAAGGCGACUUCCUGGUCAGAGACAGCGAGUCCUCGCCCAGCGACUUCUCCGUGUCCCUCAAAGCAUCAGGGAAGAACAAGCACUUCAAGGUGCAGCUGGUGGACAACGUCUACUGCAUCGGGCAGCGGCGCUUCCGCAGCAUGGACGAGCUGGUGGAGCACUACAAGAAGGCGCCCAUCUUCACCAGCGAGCAUGGCGAGAAGCUCUACCUCGUCCGGGCCCUGCAGUGACAGUGGCAGCGGCGCCCCCAGCUCCAGGCCCCCAUGGCCACCUCGCCUGCUGCCCAGCUGGCAAUACAGUCUGUCUUUCUGUCCAGCUUGGGUAGCUCCCGCCGGUGACCCCAGACCUCCCAGCCUCAGCUGAGCACUGCGCCAGGGCCAGGUGUCCGCCCUGAUGUCAGGCAGUGGGGAGCCAGGGGGCUGCACACACCUGGACGGUGCUGCCCCAAGCUGCAGCCUCCAUCCAGGGGCGGCAGAUGCCCGGGCCCAGUCCCCGCAGCCACCCCUGCCCGGCUCUGCGGCAGGGAAUGCGGGGUGAGAGCAAUACUGGAACCCGGCAAGGCGUCCGGGCACUGCCAGUGCCUUCGCAGCCGCGCAUGCGGCGAACCCGUGACCGGAAGGAGCUGUUGGCCACUGACCCCAGUUGGACCGUCACACAGUGCUUUCUCCUCUGCCCUUUGGCUUGUUUGAAUUUCACAAUUAUGUAUUUAAUUCUCAAAGUAAUACGUAUCUGUAGCCGUUUGUUGACACUAAUAGAUGAUUAAGGAAGAGAGUGAUCUUUGGGAAGGAGAGCUAUCCAUACUUUAUACACACACGCGCACUGUAUGCGUACACGUACGUGGUAUGUGUAUGUGUAUGUAUAAUACGUGUAUGUUAUAUAUAUAUUAUUUGCUUUACAGGGAAAUUUUUUCAGGGUUUACAAAAGAAUAUGUGAUGGUAGGAAGAGACACACAGAAUGUUUAUUAAGAAAUCGCAUUUUCCUUUUUCUCUACAUCUGAACCUCUUUAUAGUUGAAAUACACAGUCUUGGGGUGGCACAUUCCUACUAUUGAAGUAGGUGUCUUGAGAACCCCUAAACUUGCAUACCCAGUUUUUUGGAUAUUGUAAUAAAAAAAAGUACUACAA